GUGUCACAAGGUGCAGGACUCUCUGCUCAGCUCGGCCAGUGGCUUCAGCAACUACCGAGGCAUCUUGAACUGGUGUGUGGUCAUGCUGGUGCUCAGCAACGCCCGGCUCUUCCUGGAGAACCUCAUCAAGUACGGCAUCCUUGUGGACCCCAUCCAGGUCAUCUCCUUGUUUCUGAAGGAUCCCUACAGCUGGCCAGCUCCGUGCCUUGUUAUUGGGGCCAACGGCUUCGCGCUGGUCGCUCUGCACCUGGAGAAGAAGCUGGCGGCGAAAGCCAACGGGAACGCGACUCCACAAGAGGUGGCCUAUCCAGACAACCUGACUUACAGAGAUCUCUACUACUUCUUGGUGGCCCCCACGCUGUGCUACGAGCUGAAUUUCCCCCGUUCCCCACGGAUCCGCAAGCGCUUCCUUCUGCGGAGGCUUUUUGAAAUGCUCUUCUUCCUGCAGCUGCUGGUGGGGCUGAUCCAGCAGUGGAUGGUGCCCACAAUCCAGAACUCCAUGAAGCCCUUCCGGGACAUGGACUACUCCAGGAUGAUUGAGCGUCUGCUGAAGCUAGCGGUUCCCAAUCACUUGAUCUGGCUGAUGUUCUUCUACUGGUACUUCCACUCCAGCCUGAACUUUCUAGCCGAGAUCCUGCAGUUUGGGGACCGAGAGUUUUACCGGGAUUGGUGGAACGCGGAGUCGGUGACCUACUUCUGGCAGAACUGGAACAUCCCCGUCCACAAAUGGUGCCUGAGGCAUCUGUACAAGCCCCUGAUGAAGAAGGGAACUCCGAAGUGGACGGGCCACGUGGCUGUGUUCCUCGCCUCUGCUUUUUUCCACGAGUACCUUGUGAGCGUCCCCUUGAAGAUGUUCCGGCUGUGGGCGUUCAUGGGUAUGAUGGCUCAGAUCCCCUUUUCCUGGUUUGUGAGCCGCUUUCUGCAGGGCAACUACGGGAACGCGGCGGUAUGGAUGUCCUUGAUCAUUGGCCAGCCUAUCGCCGUCCUCAUGUACGUCCACGACUACUACGUGCUGAACUACGAAGGAAGCCAGUGACUCUCUUGGCCGGCCGAGGCUCACCUCCUCCGUC